ACCUCUGGACACUCCCCCAGUGUGUGUCCAGAAGCUACUGUUCGCUCUCUCAGGCUCUGCUGGGAGUGGAAGACACGGCGCUACUGCCUCCUGCAUUCACUUGAAAACUUUUCACAACUUCAGCGAAAGGAACAGGCACACACACCAACAGAUGUCAGUUUUUGAACUACCUUUUUAAGACUGUCGUGCUGAGAGGUGAUGCUUGGUGUUGCUGGGAUGACGGGCAGCAUUGCUAAUGCCCUGGCCAGUGCGGCCUGUGAGCGAUGUAAGAGCGGCUUUGCUGCUACGGAGAAGAUUGUGAAUAGUAAUGGAGAGCUGUACCAUGAGCAGUGCUUUGUGUGUGCCCAGUGUUUUCAGCAGUUCCCAGAAGGACUUUUCUAUGAGUUUGAAGGAAGAAAAUAUUGUGAACAUGACUUCCAGAUGCUCUUUGCUCCUUGCUGUCACCAAUGUGGGGAGUUCAUCAUUGGUCGUGUCAUUAAGGCCAUGAACAAUAGUUGGCACCCCGACUGCUUCUGCUGUGACAUUUGCCAGGCUGUGCUUGCAGAUGUGGGGUUUGUCAAAAAUGCUGGCAGGCACCUAUGUCGCCCGUGCCAUAACCGCGAGAAAGCUCGGGGCCUGGGCAAGUACAUUUGCCAGAAGUGCCACGCCAUCAUUGAAGAGCAGCCGCUGAUCUUUAAGAAUGACCCCUAUCACCCAGACCACUUCAACUGCAGCAAUUGUGGGAAGGAAUUGACAGUUGAAGCCAGGGAACUGAAGGGAGAGCUCUACUGUUUGCCCUGCCACGACAAGAUGGGUGUACCGAUCUGUGGUGCGUGUAGGAGACCCAUCGAGGGCCGUGUUGUCAACGCUAUGGGCAAGCAGUGGCAUGUGGAGCAUUUCGUAUGUGCCAAGUGUGAGAAGCCUUUCCUCGGUCAUCGGCAUUAUGAGAGGAAGGGGUUGGCUUACUGUGAGACUCAUUAUAACCAGCUCUUCGGCGACGUGUGCUAUCACUGCAACCGUGUGAUUGAAGGCGAUGUGGUUUCUGCUCUCAACAAGGCCUGGUGUGUCAGUUGUUUCUCAUGCUCCACCUGCAACACAAAACUCACCCUCAAGAACAAAUUUGUUGAGUUUGACAUGAAGCCUGUGUGUAAAAAGUGUUAUGAGAAGUUUCCUCUGGAGCUGAAGAAAAGGCUGAAGAAGCUGGCUGAGUCGUUGGGACGCAAGUAAGCUGCUUUCUGCCAAACAACCUGCAAAUGCUAUGCCUGUGAUGGUAGAAUAACUGCUGCAUGUCAACGCAAGGACGCGGUCUUAUAAAGGUACACCAGUAUUAAUAAUCUGGGAUCCAUUUAAACAUUAAAUAUAUAUCACUGUGGUGUUGUUCUAAAGGUGCCUGUUAGCAGUCUUUUUUUUAACCUUUUGUUUCUUCUAUAUGCAAAUGUUUUUAUUUUUAUGAAUCAUUCCUAAAUUGUCCAAAUGACUUUUUCUCUCCUCAAACAGACACGUGGUGAUGUAGUUCAUUUGACUUAACCAUGAGCAUAAUUGCCAACUGCAAGUCUAAAAUGAUCUUGGAAUUAGAAAAAAAUGAUUGACAUUAUAUUGAUUUACACGUGUGCCUUGAAUAUAUGAACUGUGUCUUAAAAUGCGAAUUACGGUUAAAUGUGAGUUACCUGCAGCUAUUGUUAUGCCUUAUUAUAUCAAUUUUAAUUAGACAAAGUAUCAUUUUAAAGCAAAAUGUUACUAGCCUUUUAAUUGUUGCUCUUUUUUUACCUCAGUAUGAUUAAUAACAACACAACCACUGUAUUCAUGAGGAUGUUGUAAUGAUGCAUCCUCUGAUAAAGUGUUUCAAGAAAGAGCCUUUACCAGGAGCAAGGCUCAUAUACUAAACCUUACGUGUUAAUGAAUCCACUGGAAAUAAAAUGAAUAUAAAAUGUUGAUGAA